GAGACGGAGAGAGAGAGAAAGAGAGGUAGGAGGGUGAGAGGAAGGGAGAGUUUAAACCCACCUAAACCAGUCUGACACGGAGGACAACGCCAAAUAAAACACGAGAAAAGGACGUUUUCUGGAACUGGAAAAAAAACCCAAACCCUCCUCGACCUUUUCUGCUGCCAAGACAGUCAAACGGCCACUUUUUCUGUCGUCUCGCGAGAAACUUCAUCGAUUUCUAGCAGGUGAUGAUCUUGGAUUAUUGUUUUUUUUCUUCUUCUUUUUCUUAACAACAAGGAUGAAUUUUGAAAAGAGCUCAUCCAGUCGAGCAAUGGCCCAAGAGACGAACCAGAGCCCGGUGCCCAUGCUGUGUGCCACAGGCUGCGGUUUCUAUGGCAACCCAAGAACCAAUGGUAUGUGCUCGGUAUGCUAUAAGGAACACCUUACACGGCAGCAGAGCAGCGACCGGAUGAGCCCCCUCAACCCUAUGGGCUCAGCUGCUAGUCCUACCUCAGAGGCCUCAGCCAUCCAGAGACUAGAAGCCAGUCUAGCCAAGGUUGAUGCCUCCCCUGCCUCUUCAGCAGACAUGUCUAGAACUGUUCAAGGAUCUCUUCCUGUGACUCAACAAAUGACAGAGAUGAGCAUUUCGAGAGAGGACAAACCAGAACCCCUAGAACCUGUUGUAAGCCAGCCUGCUGCUUCUAGCCCUACUCCUGUAGCUUCAUCCAGCUGUGACGAAAACAAGGGUGAUACUCCCAAGCCUAAGAAAAAUAGAUGCUUCAUGUGCCGCAAGAGGGUGGGCCUUACAGGAUUCGACUGUCGCUGUGGAAACCUGUUCUGCGGCAUCCACCGGUACUCCGACAAGCACAACUGUCCCUAUGACUACAAGGCCGAGGCUGCCGCCAAGAUCCGUAAAGAAAACCCUGUGGUGGUGGCUGACAAGAUCCAGAGAAUAUAGAUUUUUGACAAAACAACAGCAGUGGCAGCAUCGAUGACAACACCUUUUGAAAAAGACUGGAGUAUGAGUGUGAACCUUUUGAAAUGAGCACUGGCGUGAGUGGCUAAGUGAGAAUUGAAAGGACUUGAUUUACGAAAAUUACAACCUCAAGAAAGUAAUGGGAAAAAAAAGAAAAGGUCCUGUCUGAGGGAGAUGCAUGAAUGAUCACUUUUCUCCUUUUUUUUUUUUUUGAUUAAUUCAUUAGUUUGUUUUAUCCUAUUUUCUGUGGUGUGACUGGUGUGCCGCUGUUCAGUCCUCUUUUUUUAAGAAAAUGUAUUGUCUUAUUAAGAGCAGCCCAGAGUAACUGUCCAGGAUAUGCUGCGCUCCUCUCACCCAAACCAGGCGCCAUUUUGUGCCAAACUGUAGACAGCCAUUUUACCUGUCAUGUGUCAGACACCGGCAGGUCUUUGAAAGCAUUCAAACUACACAGUAAAAGUCCACACAAGUUGUGUCCCUCAACCUUUGAACUUCUUGUUCUAUGCUCUGUUUGGUACAAGAGUCAGUCAAUGUUUGGAGAACCGCACAACUGUCCCCCACUGUGCACAAGGGGCUUUGUUACUUUGUCUCUGUCUUUCCUAGCUUUACCUACCUCACAGCUGCUGUGUUAAGCUUUGUUGUCUUCCCUUUUACUUGUUUGUUUUUUUCCCCCAUCAACUUCAACCCCAGCAAAGCAAUGGGCUAUCUCUGUAGUCCGCCUCAGUGACCCUCUGAUCAGCAUAUCUAUGUUGACUGAUCGGUUUGAUUGUGAUGAGGCUUUUUCCAUUAAUGUUGGAGGUAUGAUGCUAGACAGGGACAAACCAAUUACUCCACAUUUCACUGAAUCUAAACACUUGCAAUAGACAUAAUGGAUAAAGGAGUUCCCGGACUGGUCUGAGCUCAGAUUGUAACCACAGACGCCUGGUGGAUAUAUGGCCUAGGAGGAAGGAUGGCACCCCUCCCUGGCAGGUCUGACAGGUGAAUUUAGUCUACAGUAUUGUAGGGACAUGAAUGAAUGGGAUAAAUGCAUGAAUUACUCUUCAUCUGCAGUAGUAGUGUUUCAGAAAUAUUUGGCAUCACUCAACUAGGAUUUCAGACAUUUUACUUGCUGAGAGACAAUUAUCUGUUAUGUUUUAUUAGCUUUUUUUCUCUUCCAUUGAUAUUGUACUGGUGUUAGCGCAUGUAUUCAGUGCAUUUGUGGAAUUAGGGUAUGUGAACCAUGAUUUUCUUUUUUUAAAAUGCGCUAACAACGUUCAUGUGAGCACAGAGUGUAUGAGUGAGUGUGUAUGUGUGCGUGGGAGUGAGAGUGAGUGGGUGUGUUGUUCCCCAACCCUUUUGUCUGUGGAGCUACCCGGUUUAUCAGCACAUGUUUACAGAACUACAGGAGCAUGCCAGAGCUAGAUUUAUGAAAAAUAAUAGAUACCAAGAUUAAGUGUAUCUGUCUAACAGCUGUUGGUCUGUGCGUCUGCUAUAGAGCACCGUAGAGAAGUGUGUGUGUGUGUGUGUGUAUUUGUGCGCGUGCAUGUGCACAUACCUGUGCAAAGUGUGUUUUCAUGGCUGCCUGACACAUUGAAGCCCACGUAUGUUUGUGACUUGUGUUAACCCAUCCCCCUUUUCUCCCCUGUAAGGAUGUGUUUUUCAUUUUAAAGACAACUGUAUGUAUCCGUUUGAGUUUUUCCUUUCUGAUUCUUAGUUAUAUGCAAAUUUGUACAAAAAAUGAAAAAACAACAAACUGUGUUGAUAUUUAUGUAUUACAUAUAAUCUUGCUAUCCAGCAUUACGACAGAAUAGUAUCAUGUAAAUAAAACUGUACAGAGAGACAUUA